GACUUUCCGCACCUUUUGGGGGACUUUCCGCACCCGACGCCUUCCCUGAGACCCGACCCGCACCCCUUCCUGGCGAGAGGGAACACAGGAGGACACCAUCUCUUGAAGGCACCGGAUACCCGCGAGUUGGUUCUCCUCGCACGUUUCAUUUCACGCUCUACUCCGUACGUAUCCAUACGUUUGAAUCAUCAUCAUGACCACUGCCGAGUCCUUCUGCCAUACAAGCCAGGAAGUUUGCGGGGAUGGCCUUCCGGACAUCUUCGACCUUCAAGAAACUGCCGUGCUUACCUUGGCAUUCAUUCUCGGCUGGUUUUUAUUUCGACUGAUCUUUCAGCUGCUACCGGCACUCAGCAGGGCAGCAAAGCUGAAGGGCACCGAUGGAAUGGGCCGCUGUGAGACGCGGCCUCUAACUGGCGCUGAGCCGGAGGUCACCUCAACCAAAGCCUGUGAGGAGACCAAGGGUGAUGUGCUUCCUAGGCUUCUGGCACCGCGGCAAGGCAACGCUGCUGUGCUGGACCAAACCUCUGCACGCCAAAUUCAUUCCUCGUACGAGGAGUGCAAGGUCUUAAUCGAGAGCAGCUCUGAUCCCCUGCCUGGACAAGAGUCCCAUCUGGCCCUGGCACGAGACAGAGCACGUCACCAGGACAUCCUGGGCUCCGCCAAUUGCAUCGAGGCGGUGCGACGUGCUGGUGGCAGAGUUGACCAGAGGACACUGCGCUUCUUUGUGACGGCCUGUGCCAAAGGCGGUAUGAUGGACAAGGCAAUCGCUUGCUUCCAGAGCGCGCUCCUUGAAGGCUUGGCGCCCGACUUCCAAAGCUACUCUGCGCUGGUACGCGGCUUGUGCGCGGCCGGGCAGCUGGACCAGGCCACCUACUUUUUCUACAUGAUGCUGGAGAAGGGCCAUCGUCCAGAUGGGCUGCUUGCAGACGCUCUCCUGGAAUGCUGCGUCAGCCAGUCACAUUUGCCGCUGGUGGAGAAGGUGAUCGCAGUGAUGGAGGAUUUUGAGCUUCGGCCUUCCAACUCGACACUGGCGGCUCAUAUCAGGCUCUGCUUUGCAAGGGGCGAGCUACACCAAGCUCUUCAGAUGUUCAAGGAGAUGCCGAAGCAGUUCGGCUUCACGCCGAAUGCCUACGUGCAUGGAGUCUUGAUCUCCAUGUGCUACAGCUUCGGCCAGUGCGACUCUGCUCUGCAGGUUCACCAAAGCAUGCUGUCCUGCGGCUGCCGCCCGGAUAGCCGCACCUACGAAUGUUUAAUCAGAUGCUGCUUCGCAGUUGGGCAUCUCAGCCAGGCUGUUGCCCUCGUGGACGAAGCUCUCGCUCUGCGGGGAGGUGCUGUGCCAGCGCGCCGCACCUUCAUCGAUGCCCGUGCAGUGGAGGACCUUUUGGCCACCCUCUGCCGUCGCGGGGAGGCGCUGCGUUUGGGCCUGCCGCUGGUGAAGCGCUUGCAGGCGCCAGCCGGCGGCUGGGUUGAGCAUGAGCGCAGCUUCGCCUAG